AUGAAUGUCCCCCCACAUACUAUAGAUGAAGGCCUUGAAGAUGCCAAUUCGGACAGCCCAGCCAGUCCACAGCUUGUGCCUCUCAACCCAGGAGGAGGAGGUAAAGCUACUCCUCCCAGUAAAAACAAGAAAGGACAACGGUCAGAUCGUGGCAGUGAAGAAUACCGUCUGCGCAGAGAGCGGAACAAUAUGGCGGUGAAAAAGAGCCGGUUAAAAAGCAAACAGAAAGCUCAAGAUACAUUGCAAAGAGUCAACCAGUUGAAAGAAGAAAAUGAAAGAUUGGAAGCAAAAAUCAAGCUACUCACCAAAGAGUUGAGUGUGCUGAAGGACUUAUUUCUGGAGCAUGCACACAGCCUGGCAGAAAAUGUACAGCCUGCCAGCUCGACAUCAGAGCAGGAUAGUGAUUCAAAAUAA